AUGUACAACUCAUUACUCAUUAGUCAUGUUGCAUUAUUCAUAUUUUAUAUCUGUUUUUUGUUAAGACAAUCAUCUUACACUUGCUCCUGUCAUUCCACCCUUUCCUCCUAUCUGGUCAACUUCCUUCUAAUGUAUCAGAAAAAUAUGAUUCCUCAUUUUAUCAUCCUGCCGACAGCGGCCUUGCUCCUGCUCUUACAUGGUCUUUCUGAUGGCAAAGUUGUUGACAAUGUAGUCCUCGAUACCAAGGGCCGAUCACUCAAGGCCAAUUCAAUGUACUACAUCCUUCCGGCAACUCAAGGUCAAGGAGGUGGGUUAAUGAUGUUGCCUAGAAACAGAACCUCACAUUGUCCUCACUGUGUUUCACAACUGAAUCUGGAUAUUUUUCCUGGUCUUCCAUUGUGGUUUCUUCCUGAAAACCCUAAACAAAAACGUGUAUCUAUAUCAUCUGAUGUUAACAUCUUGUUCAAUGUUGUCAACUCGUGCUUGCAAUCUGCUGCAUGGCAGAUAAUAGUUGAUCGUGCUACGAAGAGGAAGUAUGUGGGAACCGGGGGAGUCAUAGGAAGUCCUGGGGAGGAGACGGUGCGUAGUUGGUUUAAGAUUGAGAAGGUGAAGAGAAACCGUUAUGGAUUGUAUCAAUAUGAUUAUAAGAUUGUGUAUUGUCCAAAUGUUUGUUCUUUUUGUAUGGUGAUGUACGGAGAUAUAGGCGUUUUUGUUUUAGAGGAUGGAAGUAGGUUUUUGGGUCUUUCUGAUCACCCGUUUUACGUCAUGUUCAAGAAAGCUUAAGAAUUUUUGUUUUCAAAACAUUUGUAUGAAUGCCUUCUUUGACUUGAAUAUAAGCUCAAUUGACUUUCUCAAUUCAAAAUUGACUUGUUAAAUCAUAUUCACUUUUAUUUAUGUGAAGGUGCAUAUGGUGUUUUCUACCAGAGCAAUCGAAACAAUCUCUUUAUUGUUACAGACAAAGCUAAGACCGUAUAUAUUUGAUUCAUCCAGUCCCACCUACUGAAAUGAACUAAACUUGGACGAUUUACAGAUUAGAUCUCCGGGAUAGUGUAACUUAAUUUGCUAUUUGAUUCGCUUCAAUUCGCAUAAUGACCCAUAAAUAACCCAAAACCGACCAUUAUUCGCUUUUUUCGGUCGUGAUUAGCGAGGAGAUUAUUGAAUCAUGCGAGUUGUGACAAUGUUUCAGAGUCUAGACCUGUAUAAAGUCAUCUACCAAAAACAACUUAGAAUAGAUCAUAUUCAUAACAUAUCAAAAGUAGAAAGCAUUACAAUUCAUGGCAAGAAAAUCCAACUGAAAUAGAUGCAUACCAUUGUGAAGCUAGACCUAGGAAGUACUACUUAUAUGGACAUGGGUGU